CUGUCAACUUUUGAUGACAAAUUUUUUAUCGAUCGCUGUUUGUCGGCAAAGUUGCACAAAUCUUGUGAAAUUAGUUUGGAAUUCCCCGGAACAUUACCGUCGUAAUCUGCAAUUCGGUUGCGUUUUUGGUCACGUCCCAUCGCUAGCAAUCCACCAUGACUGCAUUCGAGGAGUUCGGCGUAAUGCCGGAAAUCGGCCAGGCGAUCGACGAGAUGGAGUGGAUGCUGCCGACGGACGUCCAAGCGGAGGCAAUCCCGCUGAUUCUGGGCGGUGGCGAUGUGCUGAUGGCGGCGGAAACGGGCAGUGGCAAGACGGGCGCGUUCUGCCUGCCGAUUCUGCAGAUCGUGUGGGAAACGCUGCGGGACAUCAAGGAGGGAAAGGCGGGCAAGCCGGUGGGGCACAAGGCGAAGCCGUGGACGUUGAGCUUCACGGAUCGGGGGAACGCGAUGGCGGUGACCCCGGACGGGUUGCGCUGUCAGUCGCGGGAGUUUAAGGAGUGGCACGGGUGUCGUGGGACGACGGGGGUUAGGGGAGGGAAGGGAAAGUACUAUUACGAGGCGACCGUUACGGAUGAGGGUCUGUGCCGGGUUGGGUGGUCGACGGAGAUUGCGGCGCUGGAUUUGGGCACGGAUCGGUUUGGGUUUGGGUUUGGCGGGACGGGGAAGAAGUCGAACUGCAAGCAGUUUGAUAAUUACGGGGAGGCGUUUGGGAAGUGCGACGUGAUUGGAUGCUGUUUGGAUUUGGACCGGGGGGAGGUCAGUUUCACGAAGAACGGGGUGUCGCUUGGGGUGGCGUUCCGGAUCGAUGGCAACAUUAAGGGAGGGAGCUUUUUCCCGGCGGUCGUGCUGAAGAACGCGGAGAUGUCGUUCAAUUUCGGGGAGACGGAUUUCAAGUAUCCGGUUCCGGAAGGGUUUGUGGCCGUUUGCAAGGUGGCGCAUGACAACUUGGCGGUCAAUCCGAACACUGGGGGCGAGGUGUCGACGCAGGAUUUGAAGCCGAAGCCGAAUGCACCGCAGGCGUUGGUUAUUGAGCCUUCGCGAGAGUUGGCCGAGCAGACUUUCAAUCAGAUUCAGAAGUUCAAGAAGCAUUUGAAGGAUCCGGAUGUUCGGGAGCUGUUGCUGAUUGGUGGCGUCAAUAUUAAGGAUCAGAUGGAGGUUCUUCAACGGGGCGUGGACAUUAUCGUGGCGACUCCGGGAAGGUUGGAGGAUUUGAUUAGCAACGGUUACGUGUUGCUGACCAACUGUAAAUUCUUCGUGCUGGACGAAGCCGACGGAUUGCUGAAGCAAGGCUACACCGAACUGAUCGAGCGUCUGCACAAGCAAAUCCCGAAAAUUACCGCCGACGGCCGUCGUCUCCAGAUGGUCGUUUGCAGUGCCACGUUGCACUCGUUCGAGGUGAAGAAACUCGCCGAACGACUGAUGCACUUCCCGACCUGGGUCGAUCUGAAGGGAGAAGACGCCGUUCCGGAGACGGUCCAUCACGUGGUUUGCAUGGUCGACCCGCAGAAAGACGCCUCGUGGCAAGCGAUGCGCGCACACGUUACAACCGACGGCGUCCACGCCAAGGACAAUGUCCGCCCCGGGUCCAACACCGCCGAAACCCUGUCCGAAGCGAUCAAAAUGCUCAAAGGCGAGUACACGCUGCGUGCCAUCAACGAGCACCAGAUGGACCGCGCCAUCAUCUUCUGCCGCACUAAGCUGGACUGCGACAAUCUGGAACGCUACCUGCGCCAGGUCGGCGGCCAAAAGUACUCGUGCGUGUGCCUCCACGGCGACCGCAAGCCCCAGGAACGCAAAGCCAACCUGGAAAAGUUCAAGGCCAAACAGGUCAAGUUCCUGAUCUGCACUGACGUGGCCGCCCGCGGACUCGACGUCACCGGGCUGCCCUUCAUCAUCAACGUAACGCUGCCGGACGAAAAGAGCAACUACGUUCACCGGAUUGGCCGCGUCGGACGUGCCGAACGCAUGGGUCUCGCCAUCUCGCUGGUCGCAACCGUCCCCGAAAAGGUCUGGUACCACGGCCAAUGGUGCUCCUCCCGAGGCAAAAACUGCUGGAACACCCAACUUACCGACGUCAAAGGCUGCUGCAUGUGGUACGACGAAAAGAUGUACCUCGCGGAGAUCGAGGACCACCUUAACGUUACUAUCCAGCAGGUCGACAAAGACCUCAAAGUCCCGAUGAACGACUUUGACGGCAAGGUCACGUACGGCGAGAAGCGACUCAACACCGGAACCGGCUACAAAGACCACGUCGAACAACUCACGCCGGUCGUAAAGGAACUUGCCCGACUCGAGCGCGAAGCCCAAGUCCUCUACAACAAGCGAUUCCUGGUGGCGCAGUAAAGUCUCAUCAAAUAAAACAUUUAUUCAUACACAGUU